UUCUUCCGGCGGCGGAAGGAGGAAGUGACGCUGCACAGCGGAACACUGCAGCUUCGGUGACAUUCUCUCCUUCUGGUUGCUCAUGCCCCAGCUGCUGAUUUCAGGCGAGAGGCCAGGAGGAUUGCUGUGCUAUCCAGGCUGCUUUACUGCUGAAGUUCCUAUAUAGUUCACCCAGUCUUCCAGAGAGUGUGCUCCAUGCUUUGAGACCAGGAAGACCGUGGUGUUCUGAAAUGAAGAUGGAAGCAGUGGGAAAAGCAGAACAACUUGAUUCAGAAGUUCCACCAAAGACUUCUGAAAAGCAAGAGACUUCUCCUGAUGAAGACAGACCUAUAGAACUCAAGACACAAACUCGGGAAGACAACAUGCCCCCUGCAGCAGGCUCUGUGGUGCUCUCUUCGAUGCCUUGCUUACUGAUGGAACUGAGGCGAGACUCCUUGGAGUCUCAGCUAGCAUUUAUGGAGAGCCAUAAGCCAACACGUGGUCAAGUUUACGAGAGUGACUCUUCUAAUCACUGCAUGCUUUCUCCUUCUUCCAGCGGGCAUUUGGCUGACUCAGAUACGUUGUCUUCCACAGAAGAGAAUGAGCACUGUCAGGCUGAAGCUGCUGUAGAGGGAGACUCUUCUGUGGUGUCCAGGGCUGUAGUUGGGAGGAAAUCCAGGCGAUCCAGGUCCGAAAGUGAAACUUCAACAAUGGCUGCCAAGAAAAACCGACAGUCUAGUGAUAAGCAGAAUGAUCGAGUUACCAAGGUAAAAGGUCAUCGAAGCAAAAAGCACAAAGAAAGAAUCCGGCUCUUAAGACAGAAACGGGAGGCAGCUGCUCGCAGGAAGUACAACCUGCUGCAAGAUAGCAGUACCAGUGAUAGUGACCUGACAUGUGACUCGAGCAUGAGCUCGUCAGAUGAUGAUGAAGAAGUUUCAGGGAGCAGCAAGACAAUCACUGCAGAGAUACCAGGGAGGAAAAUAGAUUGAAUAUACAAAAGGAAUCGCAUUGUAGGAAAAAAGGUACAAUUUUACUUAAUUAAUUUUAGUUAAAAUGCCACUGGAUAUAAGUUAGUUGCUGUAAAGUAAUUUAUUUUUGAGCAGAGGACCUGAAUGCUGAAUUUUUAGCCUGUCUCAUAAGUAAACAGAUGGGAGAGAAGACUUAAAAAGGGGUUUUAAUACAAUGGUUUUAGCCCUUGACAGGCAGCAUUGCUACUUCUCAGAAGUAAGAGAAUAAUCCUGGGCUUUGUUUAGCUGUUACUGAGGUAUAUGUAUACAUCAUUUAAAUAGCUCCUAUGAAGAAUGUAUUGUUUAAUUACAUUUCAUGUACACAGUGAGAUCCCAAUAAAGAUUUAGUGCCUUAUGGUUUUUAUUAGUAAAUAUUUGCUUAGGAUGUGCAAUGAUUUUUCUCAUUCUCAAGAUAGUUUCUAUUAUUCUUAAGCUAGAGGUUCCCACAGGUUUCACAUUUAUAUAUUAAAUUGUCAGGUUCUGCAGUUGCUUUGUGUAGUUUAAUGUGGUGCUUGUCUUGUUUCAAAAUUACUGUAGGUAAAAUUUUUGUGUUUGGACAGCAUGCAUAUAUUGUUUUUUGCUCCUCAAAUAGGUAUAAAGCCUCUUUUUCUUGGGUUUUUAUUGCUUCCUAGAGGAUUCCUGAGUGAACUCUAAACUUAGAAAUAUAGACACCGCUGCCUUUUCUUAUUGAUAUGCAGAGUAAUAUAAUGAGGAUUUCCUUCUCUUCUUGCUGCUGAAGUUCUUCCUGAUAAUCCCAAAGCUGGUCAUUUUAACUGUCUUUUUUUGAUGGAUAGAAGGAA